CUUACGUACGCCGCCGCAUGACGUCGUACGUAGGGGCUGGCUAGCCGCCAUCUUGCUUCUUUUUCUCGCUCGCUAUCUCCCUCUCGAGAAGGAGUGAAAGUGCUUUGGCGGUUUGUCCAUCCGCAGCUUCGGAUCUCUGGGGCCUAGGGUCCUUCCAGCCGCCCCCUACCCCUAGUUUCCCCUUCCCCUUCCCCCUAUCAGAGCUCUGCGGAGCCCCUCGAAGCGCGCAGACACACUCAGCUUGACACUCAUCCUGGCCGACUGGUUUUAAGGGGUGUGGCAGGACGUUCUGGACUCGAUGAGUUUCCACUGAAAUGUCGGAGAAGUCAGGCCAGAACACAAAAGCAAAGGAUGGGAAAAAGUAUGCGACACUCAGUUUAUUUAAUACUUACAAGGGUAAAUCAUUAGAAACUCAGAAAACCACAGCUCGACAUGGAUUACAGAGUCUUGGAAAAGUUGGUAUUUCACGGCGUAUGCCUCCACCUGCUAACCUCCCAAGUCUCAAAGCGGAAAACAAAGGCAACGAUCCUAAUGUGAACAUUGUACCUAAAGAUGGCACAGGAUGGGCAUCAAAACAAGAGCAACACGAAGAAGAAAAAGCACCAGAAGUUCCACCAGCACAACCAAAACCUGGGGUUGCAGCUCCCCCAGAAGUAGCACCUGCUCCCAAAUCAUGGGCCAGUAACAAGCAAGGUGGGCAAGGAGAUGGAAUCCAGGUGAAUAGUCAUUUUCAGCAAGAAUUUCCCAGCCUGCAGGCAGCUGGGGAUCAAGAAAAAAAAGAAAAAGAAUCAACUGAUGACAGCUAUGGACCUGGACCCAGUUUACGCCCACCAAAUGUUGCUUGUUGGAGAGAUGGUGGUAAAUCUGCUAGUUCACCUUUAACAUCUGACCAAGAUGAAAAGUCUGGCCAGGAUGAAAGCACAGCUGGAACAUCAGAACAAAAUGAUAUCCUCAAAGUGGUGGAAAAGAGGAUAGCUUGUGGUCCUCCACAGGCUAAACUGAAUGGACAGCAGCCUGCCCUUGCUUCCCAAUACAGAGCUAUGAUGCCUUCUUACAUGUUUCAGCAGUAUCCAAGGAUGGCCUAUCCUCCUCUACAUGGUCCCAUGAGGUUUCCACCUUCUUUAACUGAAACAAACAAAGGCCUUCGAGGAAGAGGCCCACCUCCUUCAUGGGCCUCUGAGCCUGAACGCCCCUCCAUCCUUAGUGCGUCAGAACUGAAGGAGCUUGAUAAAUUUGAUAACCUAGAUGCUGAAGCUGAUGAAGGUUGGGCAGGUGCUCAGAUGGAAGUAGAUUAUACAGAACAGCUGAAUUUCAGUGAUGAUGAUGAGCAGGGAAGUAGUAGUCCUAAAGAAAACAGCAGUGAGGAUCAAGGUUCAAAAGCCUCUGAAAACACUGAAAACCGAAAAGAAGCAGAUGAAGUUUUCAACACUAAGUCAUCUUCUCACAUACCUGCCCAUCCAUCAGUAGCAAAAGGUCCCUAUGGGAAAGGACCUCCACUUAAUCAGGAACGUGGACCAUCUUCACACUUGCCACCACCUCCAAAGUUGCUUGCACAGCAGCAUCCUCCUCCAGACCGACAGGCAGUACCUGGAAGACCAGGCCCUUUCCCCGCUAAGCAGCAGGUCCCGGAUGAAGAUGAAAUAUGGAAGCAAAGAAGAAGACAACAGUCAGAACUUUCUGCAGCAGUGGAACGUGCUCGUAAACGGCGUGAAGAGGAAGAGCGAAGAAUGGAAGAGCAAAGGAAAGCAGCAUGUGCAGAGAAACUUAAACGAUUAGAUGAAAAGCUUGGCAUCGUGGACAAACAACCCUCUCCAGAGGAAAUUAGAGAAAGGGAGCGAGAAAAAGAACGAGAAAAGGAACGGGAACGUGAGAAAGAACUUGAAAAAGAACAGGAACGGGAGCGAGAGAAGGAGCGGGAAAAAGAAAGGGAAAGGCAACAGGAGAAGGAAAAAGAACUGGAGCGAGAGCAGGAAAAACAGAGAGAAAUGGAGAAGGAAAGAAAGCAAGAAAAAGAGAAAGAACUAGAACGGCAGCAAGAAAAGGAAAAAGAACUGCAGAAGAUGAAAGAACAGGAAAAGGAAUGUGAAUUGGAGAAGAAAGAAAGGGAGAAAGUGGAGGAAAAAAUUGAACACAAAGAACCUACUUUAGAGCCUAUGGUAGAAAAACCAGAAAGUGAAAACAGCUGUAACAAAGAGGAUGACCCAGUUUUCAGUAGACAAGACAGCAAUCGCAGUGAAAAGGAGACCACACAAGCAGCACAUGAAACAGAACCAGAAUCAGGGUCUCAGCCUCGGCCUGCUAUAUUAUCUGGCUAUUUUAAACAGUUUCAGAAGUCUUUACCACCACGAUUCCAGCGGCAGCAGGAACAGAUGAAACAGCAGCAGUGGCAGCAGCAGCAGCAGCAAGGUGUACUUCCACCAACGGUUCCCUCACAGCCAUCCAGUGGUGCUGUCCCUCCACCACCACACAGACCUCUUUACCAGCCCAUGCAGCCUCACCCUCAGCAUUUGGCUUCUAUGGGUUUUGAUCCAAGGUGGCUCAUGAUGCAGUCAUACAUGGAUCCGCGAGUGAUAUCAGGCAGACCUGCUAUGGAUAUUCCACCCAUUCAUCCUGGAAUGAUUCCUCCUAAGCCAUUAAUGAGAAGAGACCAGAUGGAAGGGUCACCAAGCAGCUCUGAGUCAUUUGAGCAUAUAGCUCGCUCUGCAAGAGAUCAUGCAAUUUCCCUCUCUGAGCCUCGUAUGAUGUGGGGGUCAGAUCCCUAUCCUCAUACUGAGCCUCAGCAGGCCACCACUCCCAAGGCAACAGAAGAACCUGAGGAUGUAAGGCCUGAAGCCCCAUUGGAUCAGGAACAAAUAACUGCUGCUUAUCCAGUAGAACAUAGUCAGUUAGAGACUCAUCCAAAAGCAGACUUUGUCAGAGAAUCAAGUGAGACAGAAGUACAGAAGUUUUUAAGCAGAUCAGUGGAAGACAUUAGACCUCAUCAUACUGAUACAAAUAAUCAGCCUGCUUGUUUUGAUGUACCUGAUCAAAAGACUGUAUCCACUCAAGAAGAGCGAAUUUCAGCUGGAGAAAGUCAGCCUGCCCAGAAAAGAAGUGUUUCCCAUGGAUCUAACCAUACUCAAAAAUCAGAGGAGCAGAGAAAUGAGCCAUCUGCAAGCAUUCCUAAAGUAACUAGCAGAUGCAUUGAUUCAAAAGAACCAGCAGACAGACCAGAGGAAAAACCAAAAAAAGAGGGCUUUAUACGAUCUUCUGAAGGACCAAAACCUGAAAAACUGUAUAAAUCUAAAUCGGAAACUCGUUGGGGCCCAAGGCCUAGCUCCAGCAGAAGAGAAGAAGGUAAUGAUAGGCCUGUGAGAAGAUCAGGUCCUAUUAAAAAACCUAUACUUAGAGAUAUGAAAGAAGAACGAGAGCAAAGGAAGGAGAAAGAAGGAGAAAAGGGAGAAAAGGUCACCGAAAAAAUGGCAAAACCUGAAAAGACAGAAAAGAAAGAACCUCUUCCUCCACCCCCACCACCUGUGGCACCACUUCAGCCACAGUCAGUUCCACUGCCACCUCAACCAGAACCAGAGAAAUUUCCUUCAGUAGAAACGUCACCUUCAACUUUGGUGCAAAAGCCACCUCAAGAUACCGAGAAGCCUUUGGAACCUGUAAGUAGUGUUGAGGUAGAGCCUGCAGCUAAAACUGUAAACCAGCAAACUGUCACAGUACCAACAGUCAAGGAAGAAAAGCAACCGGAGAAAAUCAUCAGCAAAGACCUUGUUACAGAGAGGUCUCGACCAGAUUUAAGACCAACAGCUAAGAAAGAAUCAACUUUACCCCCUAGGACCUAUUGGAAAGAAGCUAGAGAUAGAGAUUGGUUUCCAGAUCAAGGAUACAGAGGUCGAGGCCGAGGUGAAUAUUACUCCAGAGGGCGAAGCUAUAGAGGCUCUUAUGGAGGGCGUGGCCGGGGUGGUAGAGGGCACACUCGAGACUAUCCUCAGUAUAGAGACAAUAAGCCACGAGCAGAACAUGUGCCCCCAGGACCCCUCAGACAACGAGAAGAAAGUGAAACACGAAGUGAGAGCUCUGAUUUUGAAGUAGUUCCCAAAAGAAGAAGACAGCGAGGUUCAGAGACUGACACAGACAGUGAAAUUCAUGAAAGUGCAAGUGACAAGGAUAGUUUAAGCAAAGGUAAACUUCCCAAAAGAGAGGAACGGUCUGAAAACAAAAAACCUAUAAAGCCUCCAUCUUCUUUCAAGCCUGAAAAUCAUGUCCGAAUAGAUAGUAGACCUCUAGAAAAACCUUUUGUAAGGGAUGAUGAUAAAUCUAAACCAGGCUUCCUUCCUAAAGGAGAGCCUACAAGGCGAGGCAGAGGGGGAACAUUCAGACGUGGUGGAAGGGAUCCUGGAGGUCGCCCGUCACGCCCUUCCACUUUACGAAGACCUGCUUAUCGGGACAAUCAGUGGAACCCAAGGCAGGCAGAAGCUCCUAAACCAGAUGAUGGAGAGCCACCAAGAAGACAUGAGCAGUUUAUUCCUAUGCCAGCAGAUAAACGGCCUCCGAAAUUUGAGAGAAAAUUUGACCCAGCUAGAGAGAGGCCCCGAAGGCAGCGUCCUACCCGACCACCGAGGCAAGAUAAACCUCCCCGAUUUAGACGGCUAAGAGAGAGGGAGGCUGCUUCAAAAACCAGUGAGGUGGCAGUGCCCACAAAUGGCACAGUUAGUAAUGUGGUUCAAGAACCAGUUAAUACUGCUGGGGAUAUUUCUGGGAAUAAGACACCAGACUUAUCUAAUCAGAACUCUUCAGAUCAGGCAAAUGAAGAAUGGGAAACAGCUUCUGAAAGCAGUGAUUUCAAUGAGAGGCGCGAAAGGGAUGAAAAAAAAAAUGCUGAUUUGAAUGCACAAGUGGUUGUAAAGGCUGGAGAGAAUGUUUUACCUCCAAAAAGGGAAAUAGCAAAGAGAAGUUUUUCUAGUCAGAGACCUGGCAUAGAUCGCCAGAAUCGGCGUGGCAACAAUGGUCCACCCAAAUCCGGAAGGAAUUUCUCAGGUCCUAGGAAUGAAAGGAGAAGUGGCCCACCAUCAAAAAGUGGAAAACGAGGGCCAUUUGAUGACCAGUCAGCAGGCACAGCUGGUGCUGAUCCUGUCAAUGGCAGCUCUGCACACCACCAGGAAGGAGCACCUAAUGGUACAGGACAAAAGAACUCCAAAGAUUCUACUGGGAAAAAAAGAGAAGAGCCCAAACCAGGCCCUAAAAAACCCAAAGAGAAAGUGGAUGCACUAUCACAGUUUGAUCUCAACAACUAUGCAAGUGUUGUUAUAAUUGAUGACCAUCCUGAAGUAACAGUAGUUGAAGACCCCCAGUCAAAUUUGAAUGAUGAUGGUUUUACUGAAGUUGUAUCCAAAAAACAACAGAAACGUUUACAGGAUGAAGAACGCCGAAAGAAGGAAGAACAAAUCAUACAGGUCUGGAAUAAAAAGAAUGCAAAUGAAAAAGGAAGAAGUCAGACUUCUAAGCUCCCACCAAGAUUUGCCAAAAAACAGGCUACGGGAACCCAGCAAGCACAGCUUCCAGCCUUAGCUCUAGCCUCAGCUCCAGGUCCAGGUUCAACCUCAGCUCCAGGUCCAGCCACAACCUCAGCUCCAGUUCCAGCCUCAACCCCAGCUCCAGUUCUAGCAUCGCCCUCGGCUCCAGUUCCAGCCCCAGCUGCAGUCCCAGUCUUUACCUCCACCUCAGCUCCACUCCCAACCUUAGCCUCAGCCUCAGCUCCAGUUCCAGCCUCCACCUCAACUACAGCCACAGCCUCUUCUCCAGCUCCAGCUCCAACCCCAAUCCUUGCCUCCGCUUCCACCCCAGCCUCUGUCCCCAUCCUUGCCUCAGCCUCAAUUCCCAUCCUUGCUUCAGCUCUGUCACCAGCUUCAGCUCCACCUCCAGCUGCCUCAGCCCCAGCUGCCCCCACCUCAGCCCCAACUGUCCCUGCCUCAAUCCCAACCCCAGCCCCAGCCCCAGCUCCAGCCCCAACCCCUGCCCUAGUCCAAGUCUCAGUCCCAGCCCCCACUGCCCCAGCCCAGACUCAGGGACAGACUCACAAACCAGUCCAGAGUCCACUACAGACUACAACACAGUCUUCAAAACAGCCCCCUCCUUCAAUUAGACUACCUUCAGCUCAGACACCUAAUGGCACAGAUUACGUAGCCACAGGAAAGCCCAUCCAGACCCCACAGUCACAUGGCACUCUUACAACUGAAUUAUGGGAUAACAAGGUGGCCCCACCAGCUGUGUUGAAUGACAUCUCUAAGAAAUUAGGUCCCAUUAGUCCACCACAGCCACCUUCAGUCAGUGCAUGGAAUAAGCCCCUAACAUCAUUUGGAUCAGCUACUUCAUCAGAGGGAACAAAGAAUAGUCAAGAAAGUGGAGUUGAAAUUGGAAUUGACACAAUUCAGUUUGGUGCUCCAGCUUCAAACGGGGGUGAAAAUGAAAUUGUUCCUGUGCUUUCGGAAAAAACUACUGACAAAAUAUCUGAACCUAAAGAACAACGGCAGAAGCAGCCACGGGCAGGCCCUAUCAAAGCCCAGAAGCUUCCAGAUUUGAGUCCAGUAGAAAACAAAGAACAUAAACCUGGUCCUAUUGGAAAGGAACGUUCAUUAAAAAAUAGAAAAGUAAAAGAUGCCCAACAGGUGGAGCCAGAAGGACAGGAGAAAUCAAGCCCUGCUACAGUCAGAAGUACAGAUCCUGUGGCAGCAAAGGAAACCAAAGCAGUUUCAGAAAUGUCUACUGAAAUAGGAACAAUGAUCUCAGUAUCAUCCCCAGAAUAUGGCACUAACGUGAAGGAGUCUGUAACAGACUAUACUACACCUUCUUCCUCUCUGCCUAACACUGUGGCUACUAAUAAUGCAAAGAUGGAGGAUACUUUGGUUAAUAAUGUGCCCCUGCCCAACACCCUCCCCCUCCCUAAGAGGGAGACUAUACAACAGAGCUCCAGCCUAACUUCAGUUCCUCCCACUACUUUCAGCCUCACCUUCAAGAUGGAGUCUGCACGUAAGGCAUGGGAAAAUUCUCCAAAUGUUAGGGAAAAGGGAUCUCCAGUAACUUCCACAGCACCUCCAAUCGCAAGUGGAGUCAGCAAUAGUGCCAGUGGACCAAGCACUGCUAAUUACAAUUCAUUCUCAAGUGCAUCGAUGCCUCAGAUUCCUGUUGCUUCCGUCACUCCCACAACUUCACUAUCAGGAGCUGGUACAUAUACUACCUCUUCUUUAAGUACAAAAUCUACAACCACGUCAGACCCUCCUAAUAUUUGUAAAGUGAAGCCCCAACAAUUACAGACAAGCAGCCUGCCUUCUGCAAGUCAUUUUUCGCAGUUAAGCUGUAUGCCUUCCCUUAUUGCCCAGCAGCAACAGAGUCCACAAGUCUAUGUGUCUCAGUCUGCAGCAGCUCAAAUCCCAGCUUUCUAUAUGGACACAAGUCAUUUAUUCAAUACCCAACAUGCACGAUUGGCUCCACCAUCCUUGGCUCAGCAACAAGGCUUCCAACCAGGUCUCUCUCAGCCAACUUCAGUUCAGCAGAUUCCAAUCCCUAUUUAUGCACCACUGCAAGGGCAGCAUCAAGCCCAGCUAAGUUUGGGUGCUGGACCUGCUGUUUCCCAGGCUCAGGAACUAUUCAGUUCUUCACUUCAACCAUAUAGAUCUCAGCCAGCCUUCAUGCAAAGCAGUCUAUCCCAGCCAUCUGUGGUACUUUCUGGUACUGCCAUCCACAACUUCCCAGCUGUCCAACACCAGGAACUUGCCAAGGCACAGUCGGGUCUUGCCUUUCAGCAAACUUCAAAUACUCAGCCUAUUCCUAUACUGUAUGAACAUCAGCUGGGUCAGGCAUCAGGACUAGGGGGUUCCCAGCUGAUUGAUACACAUCUUCUCCAGGCUAGAGCGAAUCUUACCCAGGCUUCAAAUCUUUAUUCUGGACAAGUACAACAGCCUGGUCAGACAAAUUUUUAUAACACUGCCCAGUCACCAAGUGCUCUCCAGCAGGUAAACUAUGGCAUGGUUACAGUACCUUUACCAGCCUCCCAGCUUUCCUUGCCUAAUUUUGGAUCCACCGGGCAGCCUUUAAUUGCUCUGCCUCAGACUCUUCAGCCCCCAUUACAGCAUACCACCCCACAAGCACAGGCCCAGAGCAUGAGUCGUCCUGCACAAGUAAGCCAGCCUUUCAGGGGAUUAAUCCCUGCUGGAACACAGCAUAGCAUGAUCGCAACCACAGGAAAAAUGUCUGAAAUGGAACUAAAAGCCUUUGGAAGUGGCAUUGAUAUAAAACCAGGCACACCUCCCAUCAGCGGUAGAAGCACCACACCAACGUCUAGUCCUUUCCGGGCUACUUCCACAAGUCCGAACAGCCAGUCCAGCAAAAUGAACAGCAUUGUCUAUCAGAAGCAGUUCCAGUCAGCCCCUGCCACUGUGAGAAUGACACAACCUUUUCCUACACAGUUUGCACCCCAGAUUCUCUCUCAGCCUAACCUGGUCCCUCCAUUGGUAAGAGCCCCACAUACUAACACCUUCCCAGCGCCUGUUCAGAGGCCACCAAUGGCACUGGCCAGUCAGAUGCCUCCUCCGCUGACCACAGGCCUCAUGAGCCAUGCUCGUUUGCCACAUGUAGCCAGGGGUCCUUGUGGAUCACUAUCUGGAGUCAGAGGUAAUCAGGCCCAGGCUGCGUUGAAGGCUGAACAAGACAUGAAGGCAAAGCAGAGAGCAGAGGUUCUUCAGUCCACGCAACGGUUCUUCUCUGAACAGCAACAGAACAAACAGAUAGGAGGCAAAGCCCAGAAAGUGGACAGUGAUUCAAGUAAACCUCCUGAAACACUGACCGACCCCCCUGCUGUCUGUCAGGAAAAAGUAGAAGAAAAGCCACCCCCUGCACCCACCAUAGCCACCAAACCUGUUAGAACUGGACCAAUCAAACCUCAGGCAAUCAAAACCGAAGAAACAAAAUCCUAAAGGCUGUGGGCUCUUGCAGGGGGUUGGGGGAAGGGAGAGGGGAAAGAGGGAGGAUGAAGUCAGAUAAUGCCAGCAGCCAGAGGGGUAAAAUGUUCUCUGACAUUAUCCUGUCCAGAGCUUAGAGGUGCACAAGGGACAUAGGAGCAAUUUACACUGACACACAGCUGCUGCACCAGUAAAAAUGAGGCUUUGCCAGCUUGCACCUACUAUAUAACGUGCACUCUGUUGACGGCCAUGCAUCUUCAGUCAGAAAUUUGUAUACGAAUACGUGCACACAUUCCUUGAGUGCAUAUAAUUUAGAACUAAAAUCCUUAUGGUUAGAUGAAACACCAGAAAUAAGAGGGCAGUAACAUCACAGAGGAAUAGCUCAGCCUGAACAAUGCGAUGAUCCCAGCUAUGACAUCAGAUGUGGUUUCUUUGCUCCGCUUAUGUUCUUUGGAUAUGGUUAUAGCAUUUAUAGGCUUGGUGGUGAAGAACAGAAGAUACCUGGUGCUGGAUAGAGGAGCCUUAUUUUUUAUUAUGGCAGCUUGCUAUUUUUGUAACGUGGUGAUUGAGUUGAACACAAUCAAAGUACAGUAACUGAUCUCCCCUUCUUCCUGAAUGAGUGAGCAGAUGAUGAAAUAUUGACGUCAGCAUCCUUGAACAUAUCCAGGCGGACAGUGUUUGGCUACUGCUUCUGUUUGAAAAGAUGCUGUGUUUUGGUUGUGGCCCAAAGGUUUGAUGUGCUACUUGGCGUCUUCUUUCUUCCGUGGAGCUCUUACCGUUCAGACACGACAGAGUUGGUCAAAUACUAGUUAGGUUGAAUCUUGCUUGCCUCUACUCAGUCAUCUUUGUAUGAAUCCAGUAGUUUUUUGUUUAUUUUUUAAAACGGUUUUUAGCUGAUGUUCAUAAAGAUCAUUGAGUACCUAGAACUGUGCCACUAAAGAAAGGAAAUCCUAUCUAAGAAGGUGUAUUUCUGUACCAGAGCUGUGUUAAUAACCAUCCUUUGGGCCCUCUGCUGGAAAAGUAGAAUCAAGUCUCAAAUAAUGCCUUUUUAAUUAUAUCCUCUAGUAUUAUAGAUGUAGGACAGUACUGUAUCAUACCUCUGUGAAUGUAAAAUAUCUUGUACCUGCUUUAUGAUACGUAGUAGUGACCGUGCUUUAUCAGAUCUGUUUUUAAUGACGUUAUUCUAGAAUGUUUUCUUUCCAGAUGAUAAUUGAGAAGCUAAUUAAAAAAAAAAAAA